CAAUAGGUGGGGUGGGACAGGCUGAGCUGGAAUGCGGAGCAGGUCUGAGUUUCCGGUGGCCCCAUGGGAAGUCUGGUGGGGCUAGCUACACCCGGAGUCCAGAGUGGACCGUGCCGGGUAGGGCUCCGGUGGGGUUGCGGUUCCUGUUCCUGGGGUCCCACCAUCAAGACUUCUGCAACCGGGUAGCUAAAGGUCUUAGUUGGGGAAGGCUUGGGGUGCACCGCCCGCGCGCGGAGGCCUGUGUGAAGUGGGGUCCACCAUGCCAGGGUAGGGCAAGAGCUAACCAGGGACUAACCAGGACGGGGUGCGGGGAAAUCAAAGCUACGGGCGUCAGGGCUGAGCAAGAAGGAGGAGCAUCUCACGCUUGAGCGUCGCUGUGCAGAGCGGGCGAGAACGUAGCGGUCGCAUGUCCCGAGGGGUGGAAGACGAGCGGGAGCAUCUCCAUCUGUCCCUCGCUCAGGAUGCGCACUUGGUCCUGGCCCGCGUCCUUCUCCGCACCGGGGACCGCUGCGUGGCCAGGAGGGGCAGCUUCUAGGUGACACGCAAGGGAAGUCUGCAGGCGAUUUCCGCCCACGGUUGCUACGUGACUGGUAGCGCGAUACGUUGAUUGGCUGGUUUGGGCAGAAGCAGGUGUCUGGCGGAGAUUGGGCCCCAGAGUUCAACCCGACCCAGCAGUCUGCACCGAACGCCCACCCCCGGAGCCCGGAAGUGCUUUUGUAGGCUGGCGGGUGGACCCUGCCGGCAAGGUGAUUGGUUGCCGGACCUGGGCGGCGGUGAUUGGGUGCGGGGGAUCCGGGCGGGCGAUCUAAGAAGGCCUGCUGCCGACUGCCGGGAGUGGCAGCGGUGCGGGAUGGAAGGAGCGGCCGCGGCCUGGACUGGGGCCGAGGCCAGGACCCUGCCGGAGGCCAUCGCUAUCCUGAGUCGGUCGCUGCCAGACGGGCCCAGCCCCGAGAUCUUCCGCCGCGCCAAGUUCAACCGUCCAGAGGCGGCCCCAGCGCUCUGGCGGCUUCUCUUCCGAGUGCUCUCGCCGCUCCGGGAAGACUGCGCCGCAGCCUUGCUGGGCCCGGGGGACCAAGCCCACUGGGUGAAGGUGGUGCUGCACUCCUAUGGCUACCCAAGGCCAGCUCUAGCACAGCUCCCUGAAGAUGGCUCUCAGGGCAGCAGGGAGCUGCUGCUGGCCUUUUCCUGGCUCAUGGCCCGAGGGCCCCUCCUGGAGUGGGUGCUGUCCCAGACCUGCAUGCGCCUGGGUGACCAGGUUCCCACGUGUGAGUGUGAGGCCCUGGCUAGUCCUGGCCUGGCUGCACUCCAAGUGGAUGCAGGGGGCUCUGUGGACCUCCGUUUCCUGCAGUGGCUGAUGGGAAAACUGCGAUUCCGGUGGCGGAGCUUGAUCUGCAGUCAGCAGGAACAGUGUGCCCUUUUGAGCAAGAUCCACACAUAUACCCGUGGCUGCCACAGAGACCAGAACCUUGGCCACCUGUCUGUCACUGAAACUAAGAUGCUCAGGGACCCAGAGGGCAGCCAGAAGCUGUUGCAGGCACUGGAGCAGGAGAAUGCCCGGCUGGAGGCAGCUCUGGAGUGGCGGCGCUAUGAGCUGGUCUUCUGGAAGUGGAUGGACACGGUCCUGGGUGCCUGUCCCCCAGAGUGCCAUGCUGUGCCCACGUUCUUGCCCAGGAUCCCCGAGCGUGGGAAUGGGGAGCUGGAACUGCUAGCUCGGGAGCUGCAGGCCCUGCAGGAGGAGCUGAGGGAGCAGGUGCUCAGCCGGCGCCAGGCCUGGGAGACCCAGGUUGGAGGCCUGGGCUGUGGGCCAGAGUGGCAUGCAGCACGGCAGGCCUUGGAACAGGCUGUGGAACAGGAGCUAUUGGCCUUGCGGCGGUCCUGGGAGCAGGACAGGGGACCCAGCCUGUUUGAGGGGCCCCACCGUCUUGCGAAGAUCAAGGCUGGGACCGCAGGAUCCCAGGGCCUGCCAGUGGCUGAAGUGAUCAGGGCCCUGAGGAGCCAGGAGGCCAUCCUGGAGGUGAUGCUCUGUUGGCUGCAGGGACAGUGUCGGCAGGAGCUGGCCAGGCUGGCAGGAGCUGUGCCGCAACUCAUCUGGAUUCUGCCACCUGGAUGCUGAGGUCCCAUAAACACACCCUCCCUGUGGAAACCUUCCUGGGCUGUGCUGGCCUUCAGAAGAGGUUCUGGGGCAAUGGACC